AUGCAUUCCGAUGAAGAUUCUAGAAUAGAGGACGAAGAUCACACCGAGACUUGGGAAAGUAAGAAUAAAGACGUAACAAUGCUACCCUUUCUAAAGAAGAAUAGAUAUGAAUAUACGGUCACCCAAACUGAGAAGCCCAAGCCGAUGCAUCCAAACGAAAUGCUCUUCCCACUAAUAUAUCGGCAGAGUCACAUCUCCAGCAUGUUCAAGUUUGGGGAGUAUUGGUACACUUGGUCUACUGAGAAACGGGCGGACGGAUCGAAAGCGGUGAAUUAUUUCAUAUGUUAUGACGAACCGAAGCACUGUGAUGAAGUUGGAUGGGAGCGCACAGACAUGGUGCCCAAAUGCGCGUUCCAAAUAGAAGCGUUGACGUCAGACGACCGCGCGUGUGUAAACAGCUUCGGCGUCGAGUCUCACGCCGGCUCUGCGUGCGACGGGGGAGAGCAGAUGAAGGUUAGCGAUAUAGUUCACUCGUGUGGGCCCCGCAUAAGAUCACUAUGGCGGUUCCUGCGCUCCAGUCGUCGGCCCGCGGGUUCUGUGAAGCCAGCUGACGUUAACUCUCUCGUAUGCGAAGAUGAAGACGAAUGUUACCUCUCUGUUGAAUAUCGGAUACACCACGAUAGGAUAACUUUCUCCUUACACGAGCCGAGCAGGGGACAGACCUUCAAAAGCGCUUUAAAACGGGAAACUAACGAUGAGAAAGUAACCGUUUUGCCGGAAAACUACCCCAAGUUCCCACAUAAGAGCAAGAAAGUACAAGACAGUCAGAAGAUUAAGAAAACCGUCAGAAAUAGAAAAGUGGAGGGAAAAGGGGUGGCAAAAGAUAGAAACGACUCCGGCUACAACAGGCGGCAAACUAAAAAUAAAAUUAAAAUAAAAGAAGACAUAUCUGAUGAUGUGUCCGAA